AUGAAAGGGCUAGUCAAGUUCCUGGCCAUCUCUGGCACUCUGGCUACAGCCAGUGCCAAGGCAGUAUUUGCUCAUUAUAUGGUCGGAACUGUGACCCAGGAGCACGCGCAUAAAGAUAUUGACAAUGCCAAGUCUAUGGGCCUUGAUGGCUUCGCAUUGAACAUUGGUGACGCUACUCGCGACUAUGUCUCUCAGGCUCUCAGCUACCUCUUUCCAUAUGCCGAGUCUGUCGGCUUCAAGCUGUACAUCUCCAUGGAUGUCUACGCUUCUGGCGAUGCCUGCUACCAUGGUGGCAAGUCUUGCCAUGGCCCAUCCGACUACCAGUGGAUAUGGGACUCCUACAAAGGAAGUUCAGCCUACUACCAAGUCAAAGGCCGUCCUCUCAUCAGCACGUUCUCUUCUGGUGGUUUCCACAACGAUACCUGGAUCAACUGGAAGAAAGAACUCGCAAACGACAUGUUCUUCAUGCCUGAUUUUAACGAAACUGACGGAUACUAUGACUCAGCCGACGGAUGGUGGUCGUACUGGGGCCCCAUUGUCGACGGCAUCUUUAGUUGGGAGUCAGCCUGGCCUGAACGGAAAGGCUACGGCGGUAAGUAUGCAGGAGACGUCUCGAUCGACGUUCCUGUUCUUGCUGGUGCUCACAAACACGACAAACUGUACAUGAUGGGUCUCAGUCCACUCCAAUACAAGAAUGCUUAUGGGGCGCACGUUUAUCGACAAGGAGACCUGAACCUACCGAAGCGUAUGGUCAACAUCCUCAACAUGGAUCCCCAGCCCGAUUAUGUCCAGUUUCAGACGUGGAACGAUGGUCCCGAAGCACACUACAUCGGAAACCUCUGGACCGAGCAGAAUAAUGACACCCAACCAUACUUCUACGCCAACCAGGAGACUUGGGAUCAUACAGGCUGGCAACCUCUCGUCUCGUCUUUCGUCAAUGCCUACAAGACUGGUCAAUCAGCUUCCCAGAUGACUCCAAUGAACGGCGAUGUUCUCGUUGGUGCUGCGUGGUAUCGAACCGAGCUUUCGGAUUUGGAAUGUCCAUAUGAGGGCAACGAUGCCUACUACGACAAACCAGACGGAUGGGAUGAUGAUGUCAACUAUCUCUACUACGCUAUCAUCCUCAAUCCCUCCUACGGACCUGGUUACAAGGUAACCGUUUCUGGAACUACUGAGCACACAGCGCCUCUGAACCCUGGCAUGAACUACGGCUAUGGCGCUGGAGAGGUUCAAACUGGCGCUCAACGCAUCACCGUCAAGGACCCCAGUGGCAAUGUCAUCUAUACAGCCACCGGCGGAAUGUGCGUUAGCGAUGGCUGUCCCAACUACAUCUACAACGGUAACUACCAGGUUCUCCCAUUCAAGAAGGGUAACGCCGAUCCAGUUUGCAAUCAAUGGCCUGGAAUGGAUCACAGCGCUUGUGGCUAUGGCACUUGUCAUGCUAGUGGCGACGGCGGCAACAGCGCGUCGGGCGACGACUUCACUCAUGUUUUUCGCUGGGACUCUGUGUAUGCAGACCAAGCUUGGAAAUGGGGUGUUGAUCAGUGGAAUGCUAAUCCGUUCCCUGGCGGCUUGAACUUUACAGAGCAGUUUAGCAACCUCUUCCACGGCCCAGAGGGUAUCGACUGCGGUACCAUUGAGAACGACAACCCCUGCGGCUCUAAUGUGGUGCUAUGCAACGACGUCACGUAUCCAGGGGCCUACUUUGCCAUCAACUCCAUGGAGUCCAUCUACCGCGUUCACUUCAACUUUUGGGACGCACUCGACCGAGCCCAGAACGACAUCAAUACUCAAGUUGCGGAGCUCUCCAGCACCUUUGCCCCCAUCAAGUCAAGCGGCUUCUCAGUCAAGCUCCUUCUCGACAUAAUUGGUCUUGGCUUUUCCCUCGCGGUAUCCCCGAUGUGGAAUUCAGAUGUAGCUCUCAAGGGCAUGCCUUACUUCAAAGCCAACCCCAACACAUUAGCCACUGUCAAGGAUUGGGUCAAUCCAAUGGUGACAAACAGCAUUAAUAUUGCUAAAGACACCUUGAAAGAUGACAGCGCCCUUAGUGCCGAGAACUCUAUCUCGACUAGGCUCAAUUCUGAGAUUGUCUCCAUGAACGAGCAGCUUUUCAACGGCUCCGAGGCGAAUACUGAUCUACUCUUUACCGCCAUUACUGACGGCCAGAUGCUCGAGACCAAGCAUCAAGAUCUAGGCGUCGAUGCUAUUCAAGCCCUUGUCUCAAAGGCGCUCUUCGCGGAAUUGGUCCCACUCGCUUGGCAGCUGUCAUCUUCCGAACUUGGCCCAGCUAUCAUUGAUUCCGAACAGGGCUGUGGAGAUAAGCCCGAUGUGAAGCACAUGAGCUCCAAGAACUACGACUCAUCGGGUGUCUGCGUAGGUUCUAAGAUGUACUACUUGAUCGGAUGCACAGGGGAAGCUCGGACCUGCGACGAGUCCCAUGGAAGCUUCAAUCCUGGAUGCACCGACAAUUUCUUCAGCCGUCUGCCAGGACUCGACGAUCUGACCGGAUCAGAAACAGCCUUUGGCGGGUUGACCAAGGAAGAUAUCGUGAACGGAGCCGUUAACAGCUUUGCUGGUAACGGAAACGCUAACGGAUGGUCUAUGCUUGAUCCUUCCAACACAGUUGACGGUAUGGAUCUAGUCUCGGAGUACAACGUCACGGCACCAGGAGUUGUCAUGUUGCCAGUUUGCACCGCAUCUGAGGCCUUGUCGAAUUGGUUCUCUUUUACUAAUGGAAAGCCUAAGUCGGCCAACUACCCAUGCAAUUGA